UCUUCUUUCCCGUUAAGCCAAGCCCUAGCCCUCUCUCUCACUAUCGGUUUCCUCCAGUGAGGCGGACUCCUGCCCGGAAGAGCUCGUUGUCUGCUCGACGACCUUGGCCAACCGCUCGAACUCGAGGCUAGCACAGAGGGCUGGAUGUGCGACCGAGGCCAGGCGUAGCGGAAGACGUGGAUUAGGCGGAGUGCGGCGCAUUGCUAUUGUUGGUCAUCGGCGCCGCGGUAACCUCGCUUCCCACUAUCCUCUCUCCUACUCCGUGCCGGCCGGCGGAUUCCGUCGGAUUGAAGAAGGCGUCACAUCGACGUUAAAAAUUCGGUUCGCUCGUGGCACACCGACCCCUUCUCCCAUAUCGAUAGAUGAAUUUCUUUUGGACAUUUUAACGAGCACCAUACUGGUGAGUAGGUGACGUUGGAUUCAGAUGGUUUGCUACCAGAUUAUUUGAGCCACAGGUCCUCGUUACCAAGGCACGAAGGGGAAUCCUGGUUGCAUUGAAAAAUAAGAGAAACAUAUUCCUUUGAGUUAUAUUUGACAAAAAUUAGUCAAAUCAAUGUCAGGCCGUGGUGCUUCUGAUGUACUGAGGCUUGCAUCGGUUGGUAGACGGCUCCUAUUGCAUGUUUUCGGUGAUAGUGUAUCAUGUUCAACUGUGGCGACGGGAAGAGGUGCAUUUUCUCCUGAUUGGCUUCACUCAGCCUUGCAAAAGCGAUCAAUGGCAAAGAGUCGACGGGUCCAGGACAGAAGCAAGAAGAAGCGGGUGCAUGAUCUUGAAGUUGUCACGGAAUGCUGGAAGGUUGCUUCGAAGGUGUUGGUCAUAAUGGAGGUUUUGAAGAAAGAGCCCGAACAAGUAAUACCACUGAAGCGGUUGGAGCAGUAUCGGCAGCAGAUCAGUCUGAGUAAGCCCCAUAAAGUCGAGGACUUCAUCCGCAAAUCGCCCAAGCUGUUCGAGAUCUACAGGGACAAGAAGGGAGUGCUAUGGUGCGGACUUACGGAGCAAGCCGAGGAGCUCGUAGAAGAAGAGGCUAGGCUUCUGGAAGAGCAUUCGGAGAAGGCAGUUGAGCAUGUUACGAGGCUCCUGAUGAUGUCUGUGGAUAAAAGGCUUCCUGUCGAUAAGAUAGUACAUUUUCGGAGAGACAUGGGCCUUCCGUAUGAUUUCAGGACGAAGUGGAUUCAUAUGUUCCCUGACCACUUCAAAGUCAGGAGAAUAGAAGAUGAUGAGUAUUUGCAACUCACAGCAUGGAACCCUUCUUGGGCAGUUACAGAGAUAGAGAAGAAAGCUGUGGCAACAGGAAUUAUCUCAGAGCCACCAGGGGAGCCUGGAGUUCUUUGUCUGCCUUUUCCAAUGAAGUUUCCACCAAACUAUGGUAAGGUCUUUAGACAUGGUGGACGAAUUGAGCAUUUUCAGAAGAGGUCAUACCUGUCACCUUAUGCUGAAGCAAGAGGACUAAUGCCUGGAUCACAGGAAUUUGAUAAAAGGGCAGUAGCCAUUAUGCAUGAGAUAUCGAGUUUUACCAUUGAAAAGAGGCUUGUCACCGAUCACCUCACGCACUUUCGGAGGGAAUUUGUAAUGCCUCAAAAGCUAAUGCGGCUUCUUCUGAAACACUUUGGCAUUUUUUACGUUUCUGAAAGGGGUAAGCGGUUUAGUGUCUUUCUGACAGAAGCAUAUGAUCGUUCGGAGUUGAUAGACAAAUGCCCUUUGGUGCUUUGGAAGGAAAAAAUUCUCAGACUUACUGGUUAUAGAGGGAGGAGGAAGAGAAUAAACAAUUAUAGUGAUUUCUCUGAUUCUAAGGAUGAUUUGAUCGAGGGGAAUCAUGACAAUAGAAGUAGUUUGAUGGAAGUUGAGGAUGGAGAGAUCUUUGGUACGAUGGAUGAUUCUUCCAUUAUAGAUGAAUCCGAGAUGGAUGUCGGAGAGGUAAAGGAGGCAUAUGAAGAUUGA